GGGCAAUCUUCGGCCGUUUCUGUAUUUGGUCCACACAGCAUCAUCAUGCCGCCUCCAAUGUCUCCACCACCUGGCAGUCCGCGAACCAACAGUCCGCGCGAAGUGACCGUGGUGGUAUGCAUCAACGUCCUGCCCCUUGUGUUCACGCGCGCGUCGCUGACGGAAUCGUGCCCAUGGCACGUCGAAUGGAGCACGAGCUCGUACGGCCUAUUCCUCCGCAACAUUGUGUCUGGGCAGCGGUUCAAGCCCAUGUUCAUCGGGUGUCCCGAGGUGUUUAUCCCGAAGCAGGACGAGCAGUCGGUACGUCUGCUGCUCCUGCACUCGUUCAACUGCAUCCCCGUGUUCCUCGACACGACCGUCGCGCACCGCCACUUUCAAGGGUUCUGCAAGGGCGUGCUGUGGCCCAUCUUCCACAACGUCGUCGACGUGUACAACUCGGCCGAGCUCAAGCUCGACGACUUUGACACAACCUCGUCCUCAUCGUCAACCCUCGCGUCGUCCCCACCGCCCGACCCCGGCGUGUGGCUGCCGCCGGCGUCUUGGAACCCCGCGUCCCAGGACAAGUGCUGGUCCGAAUACUGCCACGUGAACCGCUUGUUUGCGAAAAAGGUGCUCGAAAACUGGCAGCCCGGCAGCGUGAUCUGGAUCCACGACUACCCGCUGCUCGUGCUAGCUUCGUAUCUCCUUCGAAAACUCCGCGGCGGCGGCGCGCUCGCGCUGUUCAUGCACGUACCGUUCCCGUCCUCCGAGAUCUUCCGGACUCUCACGGUGCGUACGGAGCUCCUCCGUGCGAUGCUGUGCGCCAACCACAUCGGUUUCCUUGUCUUCGAGCAUGCGCGACACUUUCUAACUGCUUGCAAGCGGCUGCUCGGGCUCAACUACCGGACGUCGCACACGGGCAUGCUCGCGGUCGAGUACAACGGCCGGCUGGUGCUAGUCACAUGCAGCCACUGCGGCACGGAGCUCCACCACAUGCGAGCCCUCCUCGGCAAACUCGACUCGGACCCGCGCGCCGUCGCGCUUCAGGCCACGCUUGCGCCGCUCGUCCACAAGUUCAUCUUUGCAUCCGUCGAUCGGUUAGAGGGGCUCUGCGGCGUUCCGCUCAAGCUGCGCGCCUUCGAUCGGUUCCUGCACAUGUACCCGCACCGCCGGACGGACACGGUACUUGUCCAGUUCGGCAUCUCACUGGACUGCCGACCUAACGACUACCACCGCACACAGCAGUACGUCGAGAAGUUUGUGGCCGAGCUCAACCGGCGGUGGGGCACGCCGACGCAUCCCGUGGUCGUGUACGAGGAGCGCGCACACAUGCAGGCGCAGGAGCGGAUGGCGCUGUGGCAUGUCGGCCACGUCUUCCUCGACACGUGCGUCCGCGGGGGGCUGUCGAUGCUUCCGUUCGAGUUUUUAGCGGCGCACCACGGCGGCGAUCGCCCCGGCGUGCUCGUCGCGUCGGAGUUUGCAUGCUACUCGCGCAUUUUGAAUGGCGCGCUGCUGGUGAACCCGUGGAAGGCGGACGACGUGGUGGCGGCGCUCGUGAAAGCGGUCGAGAUGCCGCCGUACGAGAUGAAGUCUCGGUUUGCAUUGAACUUCAAGUUUCUGCUCGACAACCCCGUGUCCGAGUGGGGGGCGCGGAUGCUGGCCGACAUUCAAAAGGCGGGGGUGCCGACGACGUCCGUCCCCCCGCCGCCCCAUCCGACGACGACCGCGUCCAGAGGCGGCAGCGGCGGCGACUGUGUUGAAGUCGGGUUUGGGUUUGACUACCGCGUGGUGCAGUUUUCCCCCGGGUUUGCCGCGCUGGACGUGGACGACACGGUGAAAAAGUAUGCGACAACGUCGCGGCGCCUGCUUGUGUUUGAUUACGGCGGCACACUCAGCUGGACACUGUGUCUCAUGGACGACGAAGCGUCCAUGUACUAUUACUACCGGAAUCCGGACGAUAAGGAGGGAUCAGCGACUACGGGUGACGAGAUGGACCCGGCGGCGCGGCUCGCGUCGGUCCGCAAGCGCGACGGACAAGUGCGCACCCCCGUGUCGAUGGAAACCAAAGCGAGCUUGGAGUUGCUGUGCAACGACCCGUGCAAUGUGGUGGUCGUGUGGAGCAACGGGCGCCGCGUCGAGCUCGAGCACGAGUUUGGGUCGAUUGCCGGCCUGCACCUUAUCUCCGACAGCGGGUACUUUUUGCGCAAGUCCGACUCGGUCGUGUGGGAGUCGCUGUACGCCGACGCACCCGACGACUUUGCAUGGAAGCCGCAGGUGGCCAACGUCGUCCGGACGUACGUGGGCCGCACCAAUGGCGCGUUUGCGAUAGUGAACGAGACGUCUGUAACGUUUGAUUACCAUAACAGCGACCCCGAGUACGGAGAGAUGCAAGCGGCCGAGUUGUACGAGCACUUGAGCCAGUUGCUCAAGAAGGACAAGGUGGCGAUCGCUAGGGGCAAGGGGUUUGUGGAGGUGCAUCGGUUCGGAGUGAACAAGGCGAUUGCGAUUUCGAUGGUGCUGACGUUCUGCAAGGACAAGGCGGGCGCGUCGCCCGAUAUGAUUCUAUGCGUGGGGGACGACGAGUCGGACGAACCUGCGUUCAAAACCAUCCGAGCGUUUGCCGAUGCCGAGAAGGUGCCGCAUGUGCUGACGUGCACGGUGGGCAAGAAGCCGAGCACGGCGCAGUUCUACGUGGACAGCGUGAGUGAAGUGCUGAGCUUGAUCGAUGCAUUGGGGGUCGUUCGAAGCAAGCGGCUGACGCGGCGCAACUCGAAUCCUAUGGACCCGCAGCAUCAGUCGUUCCAGCGGCAGUUCCUGGACGGCGGCAAGAUCAUCUGCCCCGUGUUUGUGCGGAAUCUGUCGAAGGAGUUUUCAAAAGUGAUUUCCACGACCAACUUGGAGGAGUUUUGCGUCGAUCGGUUCAACCCGGCCAUGCUGGCGUCGCCCCGACGGGACGGCGGCCGGCACGAUGACGAUAUGGAGGAGGAGGAGGUGGCAGCGGCGAGAGGCGGCGGGACGUGGCUCGACGCGACGUUCACUCCGGUCCAGGUGCUUCAAGCCGCCGCCGUCGGAGGUGCCGUCGGAUGGGCAUUGCGACACUACUGGCGGCGGUUUUUUACCAGUUGAAGGGAGUAUAUAACGUUAUGUUAAUUGAGGUAUUUACGUUAAAGUGCAC